AACUUUAAAGGCGUUUUAUAUUGCAGUAUGACUGAGUAAAACUAUAAACGUUUAUUAUAAGUAUAUAGGAAUAUCAUUAGACCAAAUGUAUUUAUUCGUUAUGAAUGGAUGCAAUAUAAAUAAGCAGGACUAGCCGCCGUGUUAGCAAUGUCGCCCUUUAUAAUGCAUGGAGUGUCUUCCAGUUUGUGAUGUUUUCUCUGAAGUAUUGGUCGAUUACUGAUGUUAAACUUUUUAUUUCUCAAGCAAUAGAUACAGCCAGGUAUAUCUUCAGCCUUGGCCGACUGGGUUGAAUGGGCAGCCCUGACAGUAUCUGCUGAUGCUGCACAGAGUCCUCCGUAACACUCGUCCCCUUCUCAGCACUCUCUCCUUCUCCUGGAACACCGUCCUAGCCCGGCCUCGGAUGGACACCAGCCGGCCAGUUGAGCGCACUAUACGGGCCAAGCUGACCCAGGCCCUGGAUCCGAAGCACCUGGAGGUCCUGAAUGAGAGCCAUAUGCACGCAGUCCCUGCUGGGUCCGAGUCUCACUUCCGGGUGCUGGUGGUGAGCUCCUGCUUCGAUGGGCUCUCCCUGCUGCAGCGCCACAGGCUGGUCAACGAGGCCUUGCGAGACGAGCUCAGCAGCUCUGUGCACGCCCUGGCCAUCCAGGCCAAGACACCGGAGCAGUGGCAGGAACACCCCACCCUAGCCAAGAGCCCACCGUGCUUGGGGGGCUCAAAGCAUGAUGGCACCAUGGCUCAAAAACUAAAAGCAGCUCAGGACUGAACCAGGAUCAGUCAGUGUGCACUGGUGCAGGCAACGAGAGAUGCGAUAAGGCUGAGAUAUUAACAGUAUCGAAACAAGCUUUUCAGCUUGUUACUGUUAACAUGGAUGUUAGGAAUUUCUAUACAUGGGAGUUUGAAACAUCUUUUUUUUAAUUAUUAUUGUGAAAUAUGUAAAGAUUUGUCAGCACUCCUGUGUAAUAACCAGCUGAAAUGUACAUCCACGACAUUUAACAGCAAGGCCUCCAUUAUACGCUGUGCUGUGAAAAUGUACCCUUUCCUUCAUUUAGACAAAAGAAUGGACAACAGACCCAAGUGGACAACAGACUGACUUGCCAGUGCAAACCAAUUUAUAUCUCAAAGCUGUCAACAAAAACUGUUCUAAAAAGUUUUAUGUUAUAUUGUUUUCUAUUGUUUACUAGUGCAUUUCUAGUGUUAGAAAUUUACAUUAAAACCCGUACUUGUCAUAGAGUGAUUGGAGACAGCGGGUAGGUUUUUAUUUAGCUUUUGUGAAAGACCAAACAUAAUACAUAUUUUGGACUGAAUAUAGAUUCAUUUUAAUUUUAUGAAUAUGUACCUUAUAUCAAGUUGCAUAUAAAAUAAGUAAAAAAACGGAAAGGAAUAGAACUUUUUUUCACCCCCAAAAACUAUUUCCAUCCUGAAAUGCAUAUUUACUUGUCAGAAGAUGUUUCAGACUAUCACCACAUGAGGGCAGUAAACAUUCACAUCUUUAGUUGCUUUAUGUACAACAGUUCUAGUCAGUAGGAUUUUGCCUUGUUUAGUCACACUGGCGUAGAGGAGAGUCUAGGAUUAAUUCCGAAUGAAAUUAUGAUAACUGAUUAUUUACUGUUCUCGCCAGGGUGGUGAUUAAAAAUCAGCACUGGACUGUAGCGAUACUGGUUUACCACACAUGCAGUCUUUGGGCACUUUAGUAAAAAUACUGCAAGUGCAAAUUUAUAGGUUUUAUAACAAGAAUCAUUGUUCAUUUGUUUACAAAAUAUAUGUUACAAGAAACACCCAUUUAUUUCAAGUAGUAAUAAAUUGAAACCCUAAUUAUAGUUCUAACAGAGCUGUUCUGAGUUCAUUAACAAGCAGUCUCAUUGGGUGCUUUUUAAUUAGUAACAUCUUUGCAAUAACAUAAAACACCAAACAUUUGUGUUUAGUAUCCCAUUGGGAGUCAAUGACUGAAACUGCAUCUGUUAGCAAAAUGGCAAGAACAGAACUGAAUGAGUCAGUCCAAAAAUUUUUGACACUUAAAAAAAUGUCUGUGGGGAAGAUAUUUGCAGAUAUGAUAAACAUUGUUCGAGCACUAGGCAUGUGAUGAGUUUUGCUGGGCCACAGCCCCACCAACACACUGGGAAAGUACCCAGUAUGCCAGAUGGCCAGUCCAGCCCUGGUCCUCAGCUCAAGUAACGUUAACCGUGGACAUGAGAACAAAAAGCAUUAAGAAAUAUUUUAAAUCUAAAGGAGGUUGUCACCCUAAACACUGAAAACAGGAUGAUCAGUAUUAAUAAAUCCUGCUUGUGAAUGCAGUGUGA